AUGGGAAAGGAAAAGUAUGUCAGUAAUUUAGUAGCUGGAGAGGUCACGGCGGAGCUGGAAGAAUCUAUGCGAAAUGUGUGGCAACCUCUGAUUGGGCCUGAUCACGAGAUUAUUGUGCUACACAUUCGCCGACCAAAGAAUGAGGGCACCCUCGGGAUUAGUCUCCAAGGGGUUUCUGAAGUUCGAGAACCGGCUUUUGCCCCCGCAUCUGGAACUGCAGACAAAGAUGGAAACAUACCCAACGGUACAACAUACACGGAACCGUUGAAACCAAUGGAGUCACGACAUUUUGUUCAUUCCGUUCUACCCGAUGGCCCCAUUGGGAAGUUGAACAUUGUUCGACCAGGAGAUGAAUUGCUUCAGGUCAACGGACGUCGUCUGCGGGGCACCUCCCAUACCAGCACUGUUCGGUGUUUACGAAAUCUUCCCAAUCACAUUGAACUCAUUCUAGCUCGUGCCAAAUCCAAUCUGUUAUGUGACCAAAAUCCUCUGGAACAAAUAGUCCCAAUAGAUGCACAGGGUCCCCCACUGGAAAUAUCGGCCAGUGAAGUUGGUUCCGUCGACACAGCUAUGUCCACGGAACACUAUGAGACGAUACCCACUCGAGGCAGGGUGCCUCCGCAACGAACCGCUUCGCUCUCCCCAAACUCUGCACAUAAACGUGUAUCUGAUUGGGUCCGACGUUCACAGGCAGAUCUGGAGCCGGAUUCCAGUCUGUCCGUCGACUGGGAUGCAAACGCCGCUCCACAUUCGAUCUCCCGUCGUCCCCCUUAUCCAAACGCUUCGAGUACAAUGCGACCAGACCGUUCCGGUUUGGGCGAUACGCUGGACGGUAGAAAAACCCUGCCACCUCGACGUGCAGCUAGUCUGCAACUAGACCGAUCCAACCCCGCAAGCCGUCCUGUUGGCGGUUUUGAUGUGUCCGCUUCACGAAAUUCCACUCUGGCUCGCCGUGUUCCCCCGGUUGAUCCACGAUAUGGGUCGAAACGUCCCGUGUGGUCUCGAGUCCCUCUCUUGUUCCAGCUAACCAAAACAUCAAAAGGGUUCGGAUUUAGUUUAUCCGAGUACGAAUUAUCACACUAUAUGAAGCUAAUCAUGCUGCACAUAUUGUUUACUAUUUUGAAGGAAUUGACCGUCUCGGACUCUGAGGCGAACAACAAACGGCGUAGUCUCACCUUGGGUUUCCGCGGCAGUACAAUGCAGAGAACCCGUGUAAAACGUUCCUCAACCAUGCCCAUCGGUCCGCGUCUCCCACGUCCUCGGGCAAAGAAGCGCCCCGGUCUUCUGUUGGUUGAUAGUGUUGUUCCCGGUGGUGUUGCCUAUGAGGAUGGUCGUAUCUCGGUUGGCGAUCGUCUCUUAUUUGUCAAUGAUCGAAAUCUGACUCGGGCCAGUCUGAAAGAAGCUGCAGCUGCAUUACGUGCCGCUCCCAAUGGCCCCUGUUUGUUAGGUAUUUCCAAAAUGCAUUUGGAACCGAAUAUGAUGGAAUCGGCCUGGGACACACAUACCGGAUACACACCACCGGCUUUGUACGAAAGUUUGAACGCAAUGUCGCAUACACUAGAUCGACCGCUGCAUGUGAGCACGGGGUUGGAGACGACAGAUCCAAUGCAGGUAUGUCCUGCGAAGUCGUGUUUGUAG